AUGCCGGUGCAGCUAUUUAUCGACAACUUCCUUCCCGAUGUUCCCCCGGACAGGAAGCAGGAGAUUCUCUCCAGCAGGGAUGCCUUCAGCGCGGUGCCAUCGAGCGGCUCUACCCCUUCAGCUAUAUACGAACCCCUGGUCUCUGCGUUGAAAAAGUCCACGAAUAACAAGAGUCGUGCCCCCGGACUCGUCUUCGAGAACACGUCCAUUCGUUCGGAGCAGCCACACGAACCAGGUUUCAUGAAACCUCACAUUUGCUGUUUUCGGUCGGAAAACUUAGAACGUGUACGCCACUUGUCGCCUUAUUCGCGCGCUGAUCUCGGCUAUGCGGAGCUAUUCAUCGAAGUCAGGCCGGACAUUGCUUUCGAGUUCUUCAUCGACCCUCCCACUUCAAGCAAGCCCAAGGAGUGGAAGAAGCACGACGUUGUCGUCGAUAUCAAGGAUGACCGAAUGCGGGAUCGCAUUGAGAGGGCUUUUGGGCAACACAUCGCGUACGCUACGGAAAUUCAAGCACGCCAGCAGCGACUCUGCCUCUUCUCCAUCUCCUUCUGUGGCUCUCACGCCCGCCUCUUCCGCUGGGACCGUUCCGGGAUCAUCGUCAGCCGCUCUUUCGAUGUGCGCGAGCAGCCGGAACUGUUUUGCGAGUUUCUAGCUCGGUACGCUUGCGCCUCCCACACGGACCGCGGACACGACCAAACGGUGGAGAUGGCGACUCAGGCAGAGGAAGCGAUAUUCCAGGACGUCGUCUCCCGCCAUGUCGAGGACCAGUUGGGUCUUAAAGGCGACGACCUCGCCGAAGCCGUUUCAGAGCACUACCAGGAGGGGCAUGUGAUGGCCGUGCACGUCUUCGUGAACACUGGCACAGAUAUCGUCGUCGACCGCUACUUCGUCUCCAGGCCGGUCACGUCUCCAAUGAUGCUGGGCGGACGUGCCACUGGCGGCUAUUGGGCCGCUCAAGCGAGUACUAGGCGACUGGUUUUCCUCAAGGACACUUGGCGUCUUCCUGGAGAACUCGAGGGCGACGUUAUCGCCGGACUACAUACGGCGGGUGUGCGCAACGUCCCACUCCUCGUGGCUCACGGCGAUGUCUAUCACAGGCUUCCAACGCCCGGCGAAGUGCGCUCGCGCGAGCUCAUCCACUAUUCCUGGACUGAUGUGUACGACACGACAUCUUGGGCGUCCCUAGUUGCCCGGAGGAGGAUCUACGUGAAUACUAAUGUACACUACCGGCUGGUUCUCGGAACCGUAGGCUACGCAUUGAAGAGCUUCAUGGGCACCGACGAGCUUCUGCACGCGACAUAUGAUGCAUUUCAGGCCAUGAGGGACGCCCUUCAAAAGGACUCGCGGUUGCACAGAGACAUAUCCGUCGGGAACAUCCUCCUCGUGAAAGAACGCGGCAGCGAAAUGCGCAGAGGCUAUCUAAUCGACUGGGAAGCGUCCUCCCGCGUCGACGGUGAUGGCCGCUCGCUUUGCGCGUACAGAAUGGGCACAUGGCGGUUCAUGUCGGGCAAAAUGCUGACGGAGCCCGAGAAAGGGCACUUCUUCCAGGACGAUAUGGAGUCCCUCCUGCACGUCGUCUUCCACUGCAGCCUCCUCCACCUCCGCCAUAACCUCCGCCCCGACCAGCUGCGCCCGUUCAUGCACGAGUUCUUCGACCGCACCUUCUUCAUGGGCCGCCAGCUCUACGGUGGGGCGGCGAAACGGGUGAACAGCGCCACCCGUCUGUUCAGCAGCCGCGUCAAGUGGUCUGACCCCGAUAUCCAGACCUGGCUGGAUGCGGUCAUGGACUUGCAGGGCCCCACUAGCAAUCCCCGCGAACUUGCGCACUUGUGGGCCGAUCCCGGGCAUCUGGAGACGUUCUGGCGGACCUUCCUUGCUCAGCGCACUUUGGCGCGCGACGACCGAAUUGAGAACAAGCUCUCCCCACCCGAUCCACCAUUCAACUAUGCUUCCGGCUCGGACGUCUCUUUCGUGGGCUCUUAG